CGCGACAGGACAAAAGUGGGAGGUUCAUGUAUAUGCGAGGAGUCAAGAAUAAUGCUUACAAAUUCUCUAUAAUUAUUUGAUCCUUUAGCACUGAGCCAGGUGUGAUUGAAGAGUGCUGAAUGAGAUGGCCACACAAAGAGUCCUCCCACAAAGCAAAGAGAGUCUUCUACAGAACUACAACAAAAGACUUAAAGAUGACAUCAGGUCAAUUCUAGACAAUUUUACAGAAAUAAUCAAAACUGCCAAGGUGGAAGAUGAGACCCAGGUUUCCAGGGCAACACAAGCUGAGCAGGACCACUAUGAAAUGCACGUGCGAGCUGCCAACAUCGUACGUGCAGGAGAGUCUCUUAUGAAGCUUGUCUCAGACCUAAAGCAGUUCCUCAUCCUGAAUGACUUUCCCUCUGUCAAUGAGGCCAUUAGUCUCCGCAAUCAGCAGCUGCGCAUGCUGCAGGAAGAAUGCGACAAGAAGCUCAUCUCCCUGCGUGAUGAGAUCGCCAUAGACCUGUAUGAGCUCGAGGAAGAGUAUUACUCCUCCAGGUACAAAUAGACCAGUGAUCCCACAAAUGUGUGCAGUCACCUCUGCCUACCCUUAAACAUGCAUAAACAUGCACUCACAGUGAUGCAUAUGUGCAUCAUAUUACAAACAAACACACAGGGUGAAUCAUGAAACCAUUAAUAUGCCUAAAGGUUUUUUUUUUAAAGCACAACCAAUUAUUGGGUAAUGCUUUUUUAGGAUCAAACCAUUGGCCAUUUUAUUCAAAUAUCUUUUGCUAACCAUUUUGGCUUGCUGCAUUUAUUUGAAUAAACUUUCCCAGGUUGGUGCUCCAUACACAUGUACGCAGUCAUCCCAUACCAUUUAUGCCUAAUGUUCAUUCUUGCAGAUAAGCCUAUAACUUAUCACUUAGUGCAUUGUCCUCUCACAUAGACAAUUGAUGGACUAAGACACUUACAACAAUCCAGACAUCAUCAUAUCUUUAUCUGGUGUAUGUGCUACUAAUAAAAUGUAUUAUAAAAGUCAUACCAAAGAAUGAUCUAUCCCUUUCUGUUUAACUGGUUUUGCACAAUAACUGAAUUUGGGUGUAUGUAAAUUAUUUCCCACAACUGCCUUUAAAGAUUCUGUUUCAAAAGAUAUACUUUUAUCUUGCAAGGAAUCAGGAUCUGUAUUCACUCUCAGUGGUAGUGUUGGUACAGUAGGUGUGUUAAUAGAGGUUAGGAUAUGAUAAAUCUGGAUAAGAUGUCUUUUAAACACAACAAUGUAAUUUUGUAAAUCAUUACAUUUUUGAAGAAAUAUUAUGUUAUUUGAAAUGGGAUUGGACAUAUGAAAUUAGAUGUUAGAUGAAAUUUACAAAAUAGUAAAAAAAAUCAACGCACUUUUUAAUUUGUGCUAUUGAAUAAAUUACUUUUAAGAUACCUAUUAAUUUAAUUUACUGGAAACAUUGCACUCUUGAUCUUAAUAAACAAUCCAAUGGUUUUGGAAUUUUACUAUAUAAUUCAUAUAAAUGUAUUGAUUUCUUUUUUUCUCUCUGUUACACGUGUUGUAGUUUGUGUAUUCUGGCGAAAUCUUUAGAUUUCAUUGGCAUAUGUAUCAAAAUCAGAAUGUAAAAUUUAUUUUGUUCUCUUCAGUGGUUUAAAACUGCACUACAAUGUGUUUCUUUGUGGUGACUUAAUAAGUACAAUAAGUGUAGGUCACAUUAGUGUCUGUUCCAAAUGUUUCAAUAUCUGUCAGGUUUUCCACAAACAGACCAACUGGUAAUUUCAAAUUUCAUAAAUAAACCAGAGAAAAGAGAGCACUUUUGGUGUCCAUUUUUAUCUUUUUUCCCGCCUCAGAAUUAAAACACAUUUUCUGCCUCUGUCUGUUGAGUGCAUAGUUCAAAUUCUCUGCUGCUUACAGCCUUUUGCCUUAAUCUAUGGAGAAAUUCAAUUAAGCUUUACACACAUAUUUCAAUGCACAGAAACACAGCAAACAGAAUCUGAGACUAGUCAUGUGACCACACAUUACCAAUCAUGCCUCCUCUCCCUUCUUGUCCUUUCCCGUUUCCUUCUUAAGUUGUGUGAGUUUUGUAUGUGUCCCUUUUACUGAUUUAUAUGUACUGUGAUUAUGAAUUCAUAUUCAACACUUCACAUACACUUUACUGCUAAUGCUUAACUCAGUGUGUUUAUGGUGGAAGUGCACAA